AUGCGUCUUGCCAGCUCACUUGGGCUUUUUACAAGCCUUGUUGCUGCAGUCCCCGGACUGGAUGUCGGGGCCGGCGGUGAAGCAUUACUUACGGUUGAUCUAAGCCUGUUUCCAGACUCCGUUCUGGCCGCCCGUUGUGACCCUCCCUACAAAAGCGGUUAUGAAUCAACUGGGGGCGCACACACUGCACAGGUCCCAAAACUCAAGGGACGGACGUACGGCUGUAGGACAACAACGGUAACUUCCUGGGCUACGACCACGGCUACGAAGACAGUUACUGGUAUUGAGUCCAUUGUGACCACGAAAACGGUCCCGCAGGAGACAACCAUUCACGACACCCAUACUAUCGUGGACUCGACUACAAUAUGGGUGCCCACAACUUACACGGAGACCAAAACGCUCGUUAGCGAGCAUCCGGUCACUCUAACUGUCGACAACACCAAGUACACUACGAAAUCCACCACCAUAGUUACAACGUUUGUGUCGACAGUGACGACAAGCUUCCCUGUUGUGACCACGCUCACACUACCAGCUCAAACUAUAACGGCCCCCGGCCAGACAAUAACUGCUCCCGGCCAGACAAUAACCGCUCCUGGCCAGACCGUAACGGCUCCCGGCCAGACCGUAACGGCUCCCGGCCAGACCGUAACGGCCUCCCGCCCCGCUGGCUCUCAAACUCUCGCAGGACCAACAGUCACGGCUCCCGGUCCGACAAGCACAAUUACUCUUCCCGGCGUUACCAAAACCUUGCCAGCCAGCACAAUUGUGACAACACAGAUAAAGACGUUACCCCCGUCGACGAUCCACGUUACCGACGAGCAAGAAACAAGGACAAUCACUCGGCCAGGAUACACCGUAAUAGAGACCAGCACACUUACCCUACCUCCCACAACAAUCGAAAAGCCAGCCCCUGGCCAGACCGCAACGGCUCCCGGCCAGACCGUAACGGCUCCCGGCCACGAUGUAACUCAAACUCUCGCAGGACCAACAGUCACGGCUCCCGGUCCGACAAGCACAAUUACUCUUCCCGGCGUUACCAAAACCUUGCCAGCCAGCACAAUUGUGACAACACAGAUAAAGACGUUACCCCCGUCGACGAUCCACGUUACCGACGAGCAAGAAACAAGGACAAUCACUCGGCCAGGAUACACCGUAAUAGAGACCAGCACACUUACCCUACCUCCCACAACAAUCGAAAAGCCAGCCACUACUGUCACCGUGACCCCCAUGUUCGACGUCAGCCUUUGCCCGACUCCCACAGGAGUCUCAGCACCGUUGGACGCAAAGUCGGACCGUACAUUUGGUUGCGAACCUGGCUAUGUCUGCAACCCUCCUAAGCCAAAUGGAUGCAAUCUGUGGCCCAACCCUCCAUCCGACAAUUUCCUUUGCGAUCCAAAUGACUGUAUUCCCUCGCCGCCUUUUACAAAGGUCGUAUGGCAAGGAUGCGAAACUAGCUAUUACCCACCUUCGUAUGGCUACUUCAACCUUAAUCCCGAAGCAUUCGGUCUUUCGUACGACAUCUUCGAAUUUAAAGUCAUCAACGAGACCAUCAAUGGACACCCUUCCCUGAUCACAACAGGGAACUGGGGUUCGCAAUCCUCGCUGACUGCCUGGCCUAAACCAUCCCCGCCGGCCUUGCAUGGCCCAAUGCGCAAGCGUAUCAAGGACCACAAAACCUGUCACAAGUCCAAGAGAGAUGGUAUUGUCCCCUCCAUAUGUUAUGAUGUUUGCAAUACCGCCUACCUCAUUGCUUCAAGUACCGGCAAAAGCGACAAGCUCUGUGAAAGCACUUCUCCUUUCAGGGAUGCCUACGACUCCUGCAGCAAUUGUAUCCAGCACAAUUCCAACAACAACUCAACCUCUACUGGAGACGAACAAAAGCAGCCAUUUGAGCAGUAUCUCAAUUUCUGUAGUGGCACAAAGGCUGGGAAGCCCCCAACUACUUCACACACAACUCCCGAGCAGCUUGUUACCCAGCAGCCUACUCUUGGAACCAGCACGCAAGUUGAUGUAAGCCAUCCGACGUUUACGCCAAUUCCGUCCAGUGAGAGCAUCAGCUCAUCUGCUCCGUCAACAUCGAGCCCUGCCAGUUCCGUGGGCUCUACCUCAGCCAGCGAUGCAUCUUCAUCGCGGACUACGCACUCGGCUCCCCCAUCUUCCGGACACAGUUCGCCCAUCUCUACACCUCUGGGAUCUUCUGCAGGUGGAAGCUCUAGUGCUCAGAAACCUAGAACUUCCACUAGUGGAGAGACGCACUCGCCCACUGCCACUCAAAGCCCUGCCGUUAGUACUGCCGGCGGCAGCAGUAGCAGCUCAAGUAGGCUCAGCAACACUAGCGUCGAAAGCGGUCCUGGAUUCGCCUCCGCCUCCGCCUCCGCCUCUGCAUCUGCCUCUGCAUCUGCAUCUACCUCCGCCCCAGCCUUUACCACUGGCCCCAGUUCGAAGAUUGACCACGGUAGUGGUACAGGCCCAGGCUCAAGCGAAAGCACCAGCAGUGCCAAUACUGGCAACGGCGCAAGCGAUCAACCCGGCACCACGACAGAAAAUGUCCCUGGAAAUCCCCUAACGUCGACGCCAACCGUCGUUACAGCCGCUGCCUCUCACCUUUCAAGCCUCCUCUACUCUGCUGGAGCAAUUCUUGUUUCAUCAGUACUUAUCAUAAUGUGCUAA